UUGGCGCGGCUCGAGCCUACGGAUAAAACACGCCGUCACCCCACAAAUCCAAAAAAAAUCUGCGAAGAAUUGUGUACAGAAAAUGGACAAGGAAAAUAAGAUACGUAGCAAGAAUUUCACUAAAGAUGAAAAAUUACGGCCAACAUGAAUAAUAUAUUUGAUAUAAUUAAUAAUUAUGAGAAGAUUAACAACGUUAUGGAUUUCUUAGACUUCGACGAAUACGAAGAUGAUAAUCCUGAAAAAAAGAAUGAAAGAAGAAAAUGUAUAUUUAAACCACGUAUUAAUUAUUUUGACACUUUAAAUGACAAACUUUUCGAAGAAAGAUUUAAGAUAUCAAAACCUGUCUUCAUAACGAUUCUACAAAAAAUUAAACAUGUAAUACGACAUGAUAGUGAUCGGAAUAAUGCUAUUUUUCCUGCGAUCCAAUUAAUGGUUGCUUUAAGAUUUUAUGCAAGUGCAUCUUUCUAUGUGGUUAUUGGUGAUUUUUCUGGAAUUAGCAAAGCUAGUGUCCUGAGAAUUGUGCAUCGUGUGUCUAAUGCUAUUGCAGCAUUAAAAGAUGAAUACAUAAAGCUCCCUUCCACACAACAGGAAAUUGUGGAAAAUGAAGCACAAUUUUUUCAAAUAGCUAAAUUUAUCCAUGUGAUGGGGUGUAUAGAUUGUACUCAUAUAAAGAUCCAAUCAUGUGGAAGAGAAGAUGGUGAAGUAUACCGCAAUAGAAAGGGAUACUUUUCUAUAAACACACAAGUAGUCAUAAAUGCAAAAUUUGAAAUUAUAGAUAUAGUUGCUCGUUGGCCGGGAUCUGCACACGACUCAACUAUUUUUGACCAUUCAAGAAUUAAAACUUUAUUUGAAAUGGGCAGAUUCGGUGACAGUAUACUUCUCGGAGAUUCUGGAUAUCCAACUUUACCAUAUUUAAUGACUCCUUUAUUACAUCCCACAACAGCAGCACAGCAUCUGUAUAAUGAAUCUCAGAUUCGAACUCGUUCAACAGUUGAACGAUUUUUCGGGAUGUGGAAACGAAAAUUUCCUGUUUUGGCGAUUGGGAUGCGUUUUAACAAGAUUGAAAAGGCACUUGCUGUUAUUGUAGCAACAGCUGUUCUAUACAACGUUUCUAUACAACAAAGAUUUCAAAAUCAAAAUGUUGAUGCAUAUAAUAAUGCUAUUCAACAAUUGUACAAUGCUAAUGCUAUUAAUAUUCAUGAUCAGCGGCAAAAUUUAUUUUUGGACUAUUUUCAUAGAUUAAUUUAAACCGUAUUCAAAGAUAUUUAAGUCUCAAGGUGGCACUGGAUUAAUAGAUGUGAAAUAUGGUGGCAAGUAUAGUGCUCCCUCAGAGUUAACGAUAGGACGCAGUAAGAGUAUUUUCCACUAUCUUAGAAUAAGUAAUAACUAAAACAAAAUAAUAAAGUGAUAUGUAUGGUGUUUUAAUUUUCACAAAAAUAAAUACAUAUGUUUAACGCAUUCUUAUUGUUAGUGUUUUCUUGACAUACAUAUGUUAUAGGUUAAUAGAUCAAAAGUAAAAUCUAUACAAAUAAGCGUAAAUUUGCAAACAAUAACAUUUACGUAAAGAAUAUUUUAUGUAAGAAAAGUAACUUAUAUAAUUAAUAAUUA